CACUUUCCUGUGCUAACAGUAUCUGUAGGGUUAGUCCAAAGCCUGCUACAAAAGAAUUUUUCUGCUCACGCCCUUGGAGAAGAAUAGCUCAUGGGCUAACCAAAGCUGAACUCCAGAUCCCCCAGGCGGGAAUCCCCCUGCUACAUUGCCAGGACGGAGGGGCGAAGCUGGAAGGAACCAGCAGCAUGAGAGGAAGCUGGGUAGAGAACAAUCAGCAAAAGAGAUGAAACACAACUGUGCAGGCACCAGAGCUGGAGCUGGCACCCACGGGAGUCUUUUCUGUACAGAGCUUUGCUCCUGUGGCCUGCAGCACUGUUACCCAUCCGGACUCGCAAGGCCAAAAAAGCCCCACAAAAAAGCCUCAGCUGGACAGCAGUCCUUCAGGUGGGAAGAGAUGGAAUCAUUGAAAAAAUAAUCCACAACUUUUCCUCAUUUCCUCAUAUGCCCAAACAAUCUCAGGCAAAAUAAUGAUGACACGCAUUUGGCAAGUGUGGGCUAUCUACAUGAUCUUCGCUGCAAACCUCUCUGAAGAGCAAGUGCUGAAGCAGGCUUGUCCUUCAUGCGGUGCCACUGAGGUUUGCAACUGCUCUGCCAGGGGCUUGGACUUCAUUCCCCCAGGGCUCACGGGCAAAAUCACAGUGUUAAACCUGGCCCACAACAGGAUAAAGCACAUCCAGUCCCAGGACCUGCAGCAGGCUGUGAACCUGAGAGCCCUGCUGCUGCAGUCCAACAACAUCAGCUCCAUAGAUGCGGACUCGUUUCGCUCCCUCGGGAAACUGGAGCUCUUGGACUUGUCAAAUAACAGCUUGGCUUACUUGUACCCUGCGUGGUUUGGGCAGCUUUUUUCACUCCAGCACCUCCACCUUCAAGGGAAUUCCUACAGAGACCUGGGGGAAAGCUCCCCCUUCUCUAGCCUGAGAAACCUCAGCUCUCUCCACCUGGGCAACCCCUGGUUCUCCACGAUAAGGCAAGGGAACUUUGAGGGCAUUGCGCUUCUCGACAAACUGUGGAUUGAUGGUGGCAACCUCAGUCAGUACGAGCCAGGAAGUUUGAAAUCGUUUAAGAAGAUAAAUCACAUGAUCAUAAACACAAGAAGUAUUAAUGUAUUCUCAGCAAUUGUCACGGACCUUCUCCACUCUGUCACUUGGUUAGAAGUGAGAAAAAUAGCAUUUAGUAUACCUGCUGAAAUUCACCUGUUGAAAGUCAUGUCAUCUUCUUUUGCAAAGAAAAUUUCUUUUAAACAGACCUUAUUAACAGAUGCUACUGUGCCUGAUAUUGUCAGCAUUUUAGCAGACAUGCCAAAAUUAGUGGAGUUAGAGAUUAUAGACUGCAGACUCUUGGGUACUGGACGAUGGGAAGCACAAAUUCUAGCAAACCAGUCACAGACUUUAAGAGUUCUGACAAUAGAGAAAUUAUCUAUAGAACAAUUUUAUUUGUUUACAGAUCUCCAUACUGUGGAAGGUCUAUUAUCUCUUGUUACGAAACUAACAGUUGAAAAUACUAAGGUGUUUUUGGUACCGUGCCAGCUUUCAAAACAUCUUCUGUCAUUACAGUAUCUUGACCUUAGUGCAAAUUUGCUUGGAGACCCGAGUUUGGAGCAUUCAGCCUGUAAGGGUGGUUGGCCCUCAUUGCAAACUUUAAAUCUAAGUCAGAAUUCACUCAGUGACUUAGAAAUCACAAGUAAAAGUUUGUCUCAUCUAAGAAACCUAAUUCUCUUAGACAUCAGCCAAAAUAAUUUUGGUGAGAUGCCAGACGUAUGUGAAUGGCCAGAAAACCUGAAAUAUUUGAAUCUCUCCAGCACUCAAAUAUCUGAGGUCACCGCUUGCAUUCCCCCAACACUGGAAGUUCUGGACGUUAGCGCUAACAACCUGAGGAGGUUUGAACUGCAACUGCCUUUUCUCAAAGAGCUGUACCUCACCAAAAACCAGCUGAAGACCUUGCCUGGUGCCGUGCCCAUUCCAAACAUAGUGGUUAUGUCAGUCAGAAGAAACAAGCUCAACAGCUUGUCCAAGGAAGAGUUUGUGUCCUUCAAGAAAAUGGAGCUGCUGGAUGCCAGCGACAACAGCUUCAUCUGUUCCUGUGAAUUCCUCUCCUUCAUCCACCACCAGGCCGAGAUAGCCCAGGUGCUGGUGGGGUGGCCGGAUGAGUACAUCUGUGACUCUCCGCUGGCGGUGAGAGGGGCACAGGUUGGAGCUGUGCACCUCUCCCUGAUGGAGUGCCACAGGUCCCUUGUGGUGUCGUUGAUCUGCGCCGUGGUCUUCCUGGUCAUCCUCGUGCUCGUGGCUGUGGGCUACAAGUACCACGCGGUCUGGUACCUGCGAAUGACCUGGGCAUGGCUCCAAGCCAAGCGGAAGCCCAAGCGAGCCCCGCCAAAGGACAUCUGCUACGACGCUUUUGUCUCCUACAGCGAGAAUGACUCCGACUGGGUGGAAAACAUCAUGGUGCGGGAGCUGGAGCAGGCCUGCCCCCCGUUCCGGCUCUGCCUUCAUAAGCGGGACUUUGUGCCCGGGAAGUGGAUUGUGGACAACAUCAUUGACUCCAUCGAGAAGAGCCACAAGACGCUCUUUGUGCUGUCCGAGCACUUUGUGCAGAGCGAGUGGUGCAAAUACGAGCUGGACUUCUCGCACUUCCGCCUCUUUGACGAGAACAACGAUGCGGCGAUUCUCGUCCUCCUGGAGCCCAUCCAGAGCAAAGCAAUUCCCAGGAGGUUCUGCAAGCUGCGCAAGAUCAUGAACACAAAGACCUACCUGGAAUGGCCUCUUGAAGAAGAUCGGCAGGAGAUGUUUUGGUUUAAUCUGAAAAUAGCUCUGAAAUCCUAGAAAGGGAUAUUAAAGAAUGAGUAUGUAUCAAAUGUUCUCUGGAUUUGUUUCUCUUACCUGUUUGUCCCAUCACCUACCUGUAUCUCUAGAAUAGAAAGCUGAGCUACUGUAAAUUCUAUUAUUUGCUCUGUGAUUAUUCUCUUUGGGUCAUGAAUUGUUGUAUUGGUUUGAGUUGGAAUUAAGUUUCUUCGUAGUUUCUCCUGUGAUGCUGUGGUUUGGAUUUGUGACCAGUGUUGAUAACAGGGGGAUAUUUUAGUUAUUUCUGAACAGUGCUUACACAGCAUUAAGGCCUUGUGUGUUUCUCUUGCUGUCCUGCCAGCGAGUAGGCUGAAGAUGUAUGAUAAUUUGGAAGGAGACACAGCUGAAAGAGCUGAUCCCAGCUGACCAAAGGGAUGUCCUAUACCAUAUAACAUCAUGCUCGGCAACAAAAGCUGUGCGAAAGAAAGAGGAAAGGAGAAUGUUUGCAGUUAUGGUGUUUGUCUUCCCAGGUAACUGUUAGGCAUGAUAGAGCCCUGCUCUCAUGGAAACAGCCGAACACCUGCCUGCUGGCAGGAAGCAGUGAAUGAAUCCCUGAAUUCCUUGUUUUGCUUUACUUGCCAGCGGCUCUUGCUUUACCUGUUGAACUGUCUCAAUCUCAGCCCAGUGAGUGAGUGGCUCUGCGGUGCUGGGCUGCUUUCCGGGGUUAAACCACAAUUUUCUACACACAUUAAUCAGCAGUGUUAGCAAAAGCUGUUUUAUUUAGAUAUUAAAUGGUGAAAAGUUGUUUAGAUAUACAGCUAUAUAGUUUAUCCAUCUUUAUCUAUACAGCUAUGUAGUUUAUCCAUCUUUAUCCUUGCAAAAGCUUUAGGAGAGAGCCUGCCUUAGCCAAGGGGUUUUCUGCAUUCUUUGGAUAAACCACUUCUAAUCAAAUGCAAUAAAAGUCAGUUUACGCAGCAAGGGUUUUUGUCCUAGCUCUCCUAGUUAGUGGAUCUAAGGACUGAUUAGAUAGAAAUAGGCAGUAUUUCUCAAUCACUGUCAGUUAAAUGUCCAGAUCUCCUGAGGAUUGUGGCUGCAAGGCUUAAUGUAAAAAUGCACUUUCACAUUGCAGUUCUGGCUGUUGUUCCAUAGAUGUUCUACGGCAAAACAACUUUCUUGUUGAAAGAUCUAGGGAGGUUGAUGUCUGUCUAGUUUCAGUGUACUCUGUGUGGGAAUAGAUGCUUCAGAGUGGUGCCCAAAUACUAUUCUGACUUGCUCAAAUAGAGUUUAAGCUAUUCUCAGCUAGAACGUGAGAAACACGACUAUAUAUGUAGUCUUUGAAUUCUACACCAUAUUCCUCUCUCCGAUCAACAGUCUUAGCACAGGCACAAAAAAGGAUGUUUCCUACCUCUUUGCUCUCUCUGUAAAUGCAGUCCACAAAACCAGAGGGAGUAGAGAGCAUCCCACCUCAGACAUUGUGUUUGCUAUCAGCUGGGGCCAUGUUUUCUCAAGAUUACCAGGACAAGGCCUCUGAUUGCUGAAAAAGUGGAAUAAAUGGGAGACAUUGGCACCAGGCUCUUCCUCCAGAGAUGAUUUAAAAAGAAAGGUUAUCUUGGGUGAUUCCUGCCUUGCAGAAAAUUUCAGAUGAACCCUAAGAGCUUGAAUGUGGUAGGCCAGAGGGACCACUAACUUCUGGAUCGGUUCAGGACUUAUGCACAGGGUAGAACAUUUCAGAAGCAUGUACAGAAGAAGCAGACAUGUACAGAAGCAGUCCUUAGGCGCCUUCACAUGGAAAUGCCUACAGCAUUUGGCUGCAUCUCUGAUGAGAUUAUGUCCAAGUUAUUGUUUUUAUUGUUGUGUUUUGGUCUUGGGCAUCUAACGUGUACAAAAUCUCUGUUCAAACACCUCAAUAUUUGUAAUUGAGUUGUAAUUGAGUCUUAACUCACAUCUAGCUUCCUGUUGUGUUACUGCUUUUAGGAAAUUCUUCUCCGCACAGCCAAUGUGUCAGUGAUAGCAGAAGUCUCCCUGUCCUUUGUUAGCCAUUGAAAAAGCUGAGGACAAACAAUUAGGCAACUCUGACAGUGUAACACAGAUGAACGAUUUAUUUAUGUGCAUUUUUGCAUAUAUGAACGCAGACAUAACACAUUAUAAGAAUUAUUAACUUUGCUACUUCAUCCAAGCAAAGCCACCUUCACCCAUGUACUUAAAUUUGCUCUUUCUUUCAUUUACUUAAUGCUUUUAAAAUUGCAUCGUUUCCUAUUUUUAUCAUUUAAACCUUACCUUCAUUGGUAGCUGGCUUUAUGCAACCUCUGCUUUAUUCUCACAUAUAUAUUAAAGCAUAAAUUAAGCUGACCUGUAUUUCUGAUUUCUAAUAACAGAGAUUCUUAAAAUACUGACCAUAUUUCAUUUGAGUUCAAAAGCUACUUCAGCUAGGCUAAUUACCUUUUUAGACCAGCUUCUCUGAUUCCUAAGCAGAACUACCUGUUCUUGCAUAAACAUGCUGCAUUUCAGUUCCUCACAGUGUGGCCAGGGUGGUAUGGACGUCAAAUAUUCUGCCACUAAGCAGCAAGACUUAUGUAUCUCUUUUGAUCUGGGUUUUGUUUUGUUUUUUUAAACCAAUAGCAACAUACACAAUUGGUGGUUAGGGAUUGUAACUUCAUCCCCCUGUGUUUGAGGAGCUGGUUAUUGGAAGGUGGGCCUUUUGAGCACGGUGACGGUAAGUCAAAAAGAACUUAAUAUAGGAUUAUUACCUACCAAGCACACCAUAAACAUUACCAUAGUUAGAGCUUUUUGUAAAUGGCCAUUGGAAAAUGUACGAGUUACGAUACAACAGCUCUUCAAAGAGGUGAGAGAAAAAACCUAACAGUAAUCUUGUAUUACCUUAGUUUAACCAAAUGAACAAACUAUUGGGGUGCCAUUCUUCAGAAUUUGCUGUAUACAAAGCCAUUAUUUGACUUAAAUUCCUCCUUGUCUCCUGCACAAUUUUCUGUAGUCAGAAUUUCAACUAGAAGCUGCUACCAGUAUAUUUAAUAACGAAACAAUCUUAAAAUACUUAUUUUCCUUUUUUUUUAGAGGCUAGUCAUUCUCAGAAAUAAGCUUGGGUUGUUGUUUUUGGUUUUUUUUCCUAGCACAGGCUUCCCAUUAAAGGCAGCAAUUUCUUUUAAUUCUUACUUCGAGAAAGUAAAAAACCACUUUAAUAGCCUACUGUACAGUUGAAGAGACACUAUCCUGUAAAAGUGUGUAUAGCAGAACCAGAGUUCAACCAACUGCUAUUUUCUCUAGUCUUUUAAAAUUAAGUACAGGAUAUAUAUUAUUGUAGACAAGUAAAUAUCCAAUGUUUUGCAUUCUCACCAGUAAUCUGAGUCCUAUUCUAGACUCAGUAAUUAAUGCCUUGGACAAUACCUGUAACAACUGAUUGCCAAACCACCAGAUAACAGAGCCGGGCGAAAAGAUGUCCACACAAAAUGUGUGUGUUCCCACCUAAUCUGUUGUUAAGGAAAUUGCAGAGAAAAUGCAACAAUAGGUAAAUCUUGGUGUUUUUCUUAGCCAGGCUCAAAGAAAGAGUAUUGAGUUAAAAUUAUGAAAUGCCUUUUCAACUUUUCUAAUUCACUUCCUUUUUAUAGGGAUAAGGUUCAAAUUAAAUAUCCUCCCCCAAAUGGUUAAAAUAAGCUUCAAAAAAGUAAGCCAAACUUGGCUUCGACUCAAAUAGGUUUCUACAGGUGCAGCAGCAGAUCUUUUAUUUCAUUUGCUAAAGUAAAAAUUUUGUUUACUAACUACUGAUAGAAAGGGGAAAAACCAGCACUUGCUCUGAAAGUGGAUUAUAUCAGUUUUGUUAUUUCAUUAAAGAGCAAAAUUGACUGCA